GGAUGCAUGUGAGAGGAGGGGGGAAGCUCUCCCGUUUGCAAGCGCUGCAAAAGUGUACAGGACGCGAGGGCGAUGCGCACGGCGGAGAGUCUACAGAAGCGGACGUGGUGAGGGAAACUGAUUUUUUUUAGGACGAGCAGACGACAGUGCAAGCUGUAAAGAGAAACGGCAGCAGCAAACCCUCAUCUUAACUCAGCGUCUCCAGUGUUUUUUUUUUUUCUCCUUUCCUCUGAAGCACACGCCUCCAGAAGGCUAAUCGGAGAAGGUCGCGUGUGGUCUACACAACGUCUGCUCGUUAUUUCUCCCGGACGCUUCGGUCUGACAUCCGCUGCCCGGCUUCAGACGCUACCGUGCGCUCCGGCGAUGGGCACGCAGUGGUGAUCGGGAGAAGAAGACGAGCCGCCCUGGACGUCAACAAGUCCGCCGUGCUGUGAGAAAAUGGGCUGUUUUUACAUAGUGGAGGGGAGGGCUUUGCUGUAACACCGGCGGAUCAUGGCAGGGGUACACACUUCAGAUGCAGUGUCGGGACAUUUUUUGGAUCCUGCCAUCGGCGCCCCGCCAGCCCAGGGCGCGACCAACGCAGCGGGAGUCACCGGCGAUGCGGCUGCACUUCCUCCGACCGGUAACCGGGCGUACUUGGAGGUGUCGGCCGCUGCCCAGGGCUACGGGGCCGAAGGAGUUUACACCAAUGGACGGUACAGGGAGCACAGCAGUCCAAGGAUCGGGAGUGGCAGCCGUGACAAUUCUGCCGAGAGAAGUCAGGGAGCUGGAAACACACCUUGCGGCAUCAUGAAGGAUGGUUCCAAACAGAGACAGGUGAGGAAGAAAACAGUAUCCUUCAGCUCAAUGCCAAGUGACCGCAAGAUCAACAGCACAGCUGCUUGCAUGGCCUUCAUGAUGGAGGGUUGUGAGAUGAAGAAGGUACGCUCCAACUCACGCAUGUACAACCGAUACUUCCUGCUGGAUCCAGACAUGCACUGGCUACGCUGGGAGCCUUCCAAGAAGGAUUCAGAGAAGGCCAAACUGGAGAUUAAGAGCAUUAAAGAGGUCCGUCUGGGAAAGAAAACUCCUGUUCUGCGCAGCAAUGGUCUCUCAGAUCAGUUCCCUGAUGAAUGCGCCUUCUCAAUCAUCUAUGGAGAUAACUAUGAGUCCUUAGAUUUGGUAGCCAGUACAGCAGAUGUUGUCAGCACCUGGGUGAUGGGCCUCAGGUAUCUGGUGUCUUAUGGCCGGCACACAGUGGACAUGGUGGAGCCCAGCCAACCAAGUCUGCGAACAUCGUGGAUUGGCUCUGUUUUUGAGCUAGCAGACAUGGAAAAGGAAGGUCACAUAGACCUGUUCAGGGCCACCCAGAUAAUCAAGGGGCUCAACCCUGGAAUGAAGGAAUCUAGGAUAGAGCUGAAGUUCAAGGAACUCCAGAAAGCUAAAGACCAAUACGGAGAGGCAAUUAACAUGGACACCUUUGUGGAGGCCUACUGUGAGCUCUGCACACGACCAGAGAUUUUCUUCCUACUGGUGCAGUUCUCCAGUAACAAGGAGUAUCUGGACAGUAAAGAUCUGAUGCUAUUUGUAGAGGUGGAGCAAGGUGUGGAAGGUGUAACGGAGGACAUGUGCAGGGAAAUUGUUCAGAAAUUUGAGCCAUCCGCCGAAGGCAGGGAGAGGAGCUACCUCUCCAUUGAUGGCUUUACACACUACCUCCUCUCCUCUGAAUGCCACAUCUUCGACCCCCAGCACAAACGUGUGUGCCAGGAUAUGACCCAGCCUCUGUCCCACUACUACAUCAACUCCUCACACAAUGCCUCCCUCCUGGAAGACCAUUUCUGGGGUUCGUCAGACAUCAGCAGCUACAUCCGAGCUCUAAGGAUGGGCUGUCGCAGCAUUGAGGUCAUUGUGUGGGAUGGCCCUGAUAAUGAACCAGUGGUGUAUGUUGGUAGUUCGGUAGCCUCGCAGCUAGCUUUCUCUAAAGUCCUGGACAUUAUAAACCAAUAUGCUUUUGAGAGCUCUGAGUAUCCGCUGAUUCUCUGCUUGGUGACCCACUGCUGCAUCCCCCAGCAGAGGGUCAUGGCACAGCACAUGAAGAAGAUUCUUGGUGACAAGCUGUACACUGAACCCCCCAACAAGGAGGAAAACUACCUACCAUCCCCUGAGAAACUCAAAGGUAAAAUCCUCCUCAAGGGUAAGAGACUGCCACCCAACUGCACUGAUGCUGAGGGGGAUGUGACGGACGAGGAGGAGGGUCUGGAAAUGUCCCGAAGAGUGGGAGCUGAUGAGAAGGACCAGCUAAAUGGCUUAGGCUGCAAGAGACUCAGACUGUGCAGGGAACUCUCUGACCUUGUAUCUCUCUGCAAGUCGGUCCAGUUCAGGGACUUUGAGAUCUCUAAGAGGGACCAAAAAUACUGGGAGAUUUGCUCCUUCAAUGAGGUAGAUGCUAACAGGUUUGCCAAUGAGUUCCCAGAGGAAUUUGUCUGUUAUAACAAGCGGUUUAUCUCCAGGGUAUAUCCCACACCUAUGAGAAUCGAUGCCAGCAACAUGAACCCCCAGGAUUUCUGGAAGUGUGGCUGCCAGAUUGUGGCCAUGAAUUACCAGACCCCAGGCUUAAUGAUGGACCUCAACCUUGGCUGGUUCAGGCAGAACGGCAACUGCGGGUAUGUUUUGCGGCCAGCCAUCAUGAGAGAAGAGGUGUCCUAUUUCAGUGCCAACGCUCGGGACUCCCUGCCAGGGGUGUCUGCCCAGCUUCUUCACAUUAAGGUCAUCAGUGGGCAGAAUCUGCCCAAGCCACGCGGCUCUGCUGCUAAGGGCGAUGUGGUUGAGCCCUACAUAUAUGUGGAGAUCCAUGGCAUCCCAGCUGACUGUGCAGAGCAAAGAACCAAGACUGUGUCCCAGAAUGGUGACAAUCCCAUUUUUGAUGAGAGUUUCGAAUUCCAGAUCAAUUUGCCCGAACUUGCAGUACUGCGCUUUGUGGUGCUGGAUGACGACUACAUUGGAGACGAGUUCAUUGGCCAGUACACCAUCCCAUUUGAGUGCCUACAACCAGGCUAUAGACAUGUCCCUCUGCAGUCUCUUACGGGAGAAUUCUUACCCAAUACCACCCUGUUUGUCCAUGUAGCCAUCACCAACAGGCGGGGUGGAGGAAGGGCACAUAAGAGGGGUCUGUCUGUCAGGAAGGGGAGGAAGGCCCGGGAGUACACCACCACCAAGACCACAGGGAUCAAAGUAGUGGACGAGCUCUUCAGAGCAUCCACCCAGCCCCUCAGGGAGGCCACAGACUUGAGAGAAAAUGUGCAGAAUGCCAUGGUGUCUUUCAAGGAGCUGUGCGGCCUGACCCCCGCGGCCAACAUGAAGCAGUGUAUCUUGACAGUGUCUACCUGGCUGAUGAACAGCGAACGGUCAUUGAGGGUAACAGUGGACCUCAGCGAAACCUACCCCACCAUGGAGGCUCAGGGUCCUGUGCCUGAGCUGCUGCGCAAAGUGCUCAACGCCUAUGACAUGAUGAUCCAAACCAGCAGAACGCUGAUCGAGUCGGCUGACGUGGUCUACUCCAAGCUCACACAAGCACAACGGGCAGGUCUGGACUUUCAUGAGGACCUGCAUCGCAUUGGAGCAAAGGAGGGUCUCAAAGGCCGCAAGCUUCAGAAAGCCAUGGAGAGCUACGCGUGGAACAUCACUGUGCUCAAGGGCCAGGCAGACCUGCUGAAGCAUGCUAAGAGCGAGGCACUGGACACUCUGCGUCAGAUCCACUGUGCAGCUCAGUCCUGUGGCCUCAGUAAAAACGGAGCAGCUUCUCCCCAGCUCCAGCACCAUCCUCACUACCCACCACAGCAGGUCCAGAUACAGCAGCAGCCUCAGACCAAGCCCCACCCACAGCCUCCACCACUGCACCAGUCCCAAACUCAGCCGCAAUCCCAAAUCACACCUCAGGCUUAUCUCCAUCCUCUUCCCCAGCCACAUCCUCAGCUACAUCCCCAGCCACCAGCUGUCCAAACUGUGUCUAAACCGCCAGCUUAUCCUCAACCCCCACCACUACCCCAGGUUCAAUUUCAGUUCCAGAGCCAGCAGCAGAGGGCAGCAGGACCUCUCGAAGCCAUCCCUGAGAAAGAGAUGGUCAGUGAUGAUCCCGCGGGAUCCUGCUGACCCGCAGCCUGUGCCCACAGAGAAUCCUACCCAAAGAGAGACAGAGAGAGCGAGGUGGAGAUGGAGAAGCAGCAGGAUGUACAAGAGAAGCAGGAGGCCAGUAAUGAAAGGGUGAUGGAAGAAGUGACGGGAAGAGUUAAAGAUAUGAUGAUGGUGAGGAAGACUCGUGUUAGAAGUGAGACGCAAGUCUGAAAGGAGGGCUUAAGGAGAAAAGAAGGAGAGACCUCACACUUCACUCACACAUUUCUGAACAGGAUGGAAAACUAGAAAGACAAUGUUUAUUUUUCUCUUCCAUCUGAGCCAGAAGGUUUUGGUCUCUUCUGUUUUUUCUCUUGUGAAAAGCAAAAGGGUAACAGCUAGGAAGAAGCUUCUAUUAUGUGUCUUUGCAUAGGAAUACGUUCAGUAGUUGGAUGAGUAAGUUGGACAUCCCUGUCUCUCUCUGGGCAGUGCUAGUUACAUGCCCCUCCACGAUGUACUCUAUCUCUGUGGGUACAGGCUUUACCUCACAUUGGCGUUUAAUGCCACAAAUUUUGCCUUUUCAUUUCUAGAGACUCCUCGGCAUGUCUUUGAGCUUUUUUCUUUUUUUUUCAUGCUCACACUCUUACUCCUCCAUUUUAGACAUAAAGCAGAGAGCGACCUCUCGCUCCUUUCAAUGAAGAGGAUGCCAUUUUCAUUUUAAGUGCACAAAGUAGAGCGGCUUGUCUGAGCUGAGCUCUGUAGGAGUCACGCACGACCAUUUCAGCACAAACCAGGGAGCUGUAGAGCUAAAAUAGAAAAACAAAAUGCAGCUGUUGAGGUGUGCAGUCACACCGACGCUCCACUUGCGUGACCCUUGCUGGGGUGUCAACCUCCAUGAAGCCCCACACAUCUGCAGUGUCACUCCUUAGGAUUUAAGGUCUUCAGCAUUCCCAGACUCACCCCACAGGGUCUCCUUGUCUCCUCCCCAGGGGCUGUGUGUGUGACGUUAUGUGAGUUGGUGUUUUGGUCCCCAGGGUGGAGCUAGCCCACAUCUUUGAGUGGCAGAGCUCACCAGCCAAUCACAACUGGAAUAUAUGACCCUGCCUGUUAGGGGUCAAAGGUCAACAGGAACAUGGUACUGCUGAAAAUAAAAACACAAAAUAAAGUAAAUAUAGAUGUAAACUGUAUGUAAAGUGUAUGAAGGGAAAAUAUAUUGCUAUAAUAAUUCUUGCAGACACAGACAUUAAUGAUUGAUAUUAUAAUAACUGUUGUUAGUUCUAUUGAUAUUCUUGAUUCUUUUUUAACAUUACUUCCACAUAUACAGUGAUUUGACACCUGUUGUUCUGUGGUGCAGAUCAGGACGACCAGUGCAUGUGGGACUGGAACGAAGGAUUACGGGUUAGCGCCACAACACAAGGGUCAAACAAUAACCUGACAUGUGUUUCACUGCAAAGUGAGUGUGGAUUCUGUAAGAGCUCCUUUAAAGUGGCCCAUUAAAACUGGCUUUGUUGUUUA